AUGAUGGAGCCGGGCGGAGAUGGGGCUGAGGACGAUGUAGGCGCCGGGAUUGGGCCGCGCGCUCCGGGGUGGUGCUUGAGGGGGCGGUGCCGUGUCGGAUGUCAAAGGGAGGACGUGGGAUGGUGGCGGAGCUGGCUGCAGCAGAGCUACCAGGCAGUCAAGGAGAAGUCCUCCGAAGCCCUGGAGUUCAUGAAGCGGGACCUGACGGAGUUCACCCAGGUGGUGCAGCACGACACAGCCUGCACCAUUGCAGCCACCGCCAGCGUGGUCAAGGAGAAGCUGACUACUGAAGGCUCCUCUGGAGCAACAGAGAAAAUGAAGAAAGGGCUGUCUGACUUCCUGGGGGUGAUCUCCGAUACCUUUGCUCCGUCACCAGACAAAACCAUCGACUGCGACGUCAUCACGCUGAUGGGCACACCUUCUGGCACCGCUGAGCCCUAUGAUGGUACCAAGGCUCGCCUCUAUAGCCUGCAGUCAGACCCAGCAACCUACUGCAAUGAACCAGAUGGGCCUCCAGAGUUGUUUGACGCCUGGCUUUCCGAGUUCUGCUUGGAGGAGAAGAAGGGGGAGAUCUCAGAGCUCCUUGUAGGCAGCCCCUCCAUCCGGGCCCUCUACACCAAGAUGGUGCCUGCAGCUGUUUCCCAUUCAGAAUUCUGGCAUCGGUAUUUCUAUAAAGUCCAUCAACUGGAGCAGGAGCAGGCCCGGAGGGAUGCCCUGAAGCAGCGGGCCGAACAGAGCCUCUCUGAAGAACCUGGCUGGGAGGAGGAAGAAGAGGAGCUUGCAGGCAUUUCACCCACGUCCCUAAAAGAGGCAAAGGUUCCUGUGGCCAGACCUUCCACAUCCCCUGAAGGAGGACCCGGUCCCCAGAACCCCUGUGAAGAGAAUCUGGUGACCCCCGUCGAGCCUCCAACAGAGGUGACCCCCUCGGAGAGCAGUGAGAGCAUCUCCCUGGUGACCCAGAUUGCCAAACCGCCCCCUGCCUCUGAGGCCCCAGCGCUGCCCAAGGACCUGUCGCAGAAGCUUCUAGAGGCAUCUUUGGAGGAACAGGACCUGGCUGUGGAUACGAGCGAGACUGGACCUCCACCCCGAGCUCAGUCCAAGCCCCACACCCCCGCUGGCCGCCCCAGCGGUCCAGAGCCCCGGCCUCCAGCCAGAGUAGAGACUCUCAGGGAAGAGGUCCUCACAGACUUACGGGUGUUUGAGCUGAACUCGGACAGUGGGAAGUCUACACCCUCCAACAAUGGGAAAAAAGGCUCGAGCACAGACAUCAGCGAGGACUGGGAGAAGGACUUUGAUUUGGACAUGACUGAAGAAGAAGUGCAGAUGGCACUCUCCAAAGUGGAUGCCUCCGGUGAGCUGGAAGACGUAGAGUGGGAGGACUGGGACUGA